AUGUUAGUGUUGGACUUACACAAAUAUGAUGUCAUAUUUGGUAUGGAUUGGUUGAACAAAUAUGGAGUCGUUAUCAACUACAAGCACAAGAAGGUGGUAUUCACUCAGGUAGGCGAGCAACUGUUCGAAUUCAAGGGCACGCCCCGAAAAAAGAAGUGGCCAAUGAUCUCAGCACUGAAGGUGAGAAGGAUGCUUGAUAAUGGAUGGAUUGGAUACCUAGCAAAUAUUGUGGACAAGGAGAUGGAGACAAAGCUGAAAUCGUCUGACGUAUUGGUGGUAUGCAAAUUCCCUGAAGUAUUUCCAGAAUAUCUUCCAAGGAUACCACCAGAUCGAGAAGUGGUGCUCGAAAUAGAGCUAAUUUCAGGAAUGGCACCAAUCUCAAAAGCAUUGUAUUGA